AUGAACGCCUACCUUACUAAACAGCAGAGCUGCUGCGGGGGGUCGGAGGGGAUGGAUGCUGGCAGGACUGUGCCUACAGUGAUGCGGGAAGCUCACUGUGCCUGUGGCUGGCAGAGGAACCCACAGGGGCUCGGCUAUGGGGCUCAGACCAUGCCGUCUUCAGGACCCGGCGGCCAACCCCCAAACAGGACCAAGCUUGUCACCCUAUGGGACAGUGUGCGGAAAAGUCCACAGAAAAUGGGGGCUAAGAGCAAAGGGCCAUGUGGGGAGCGCUGCUCCUGCCCCCAAGGCUGGUUUAGCUCCCCAGCACAGGCCAGCCCUGCUCCUAUUAUUGUCAACACAGAUACUUUGGAUACUAUUCCUUAUGUCAAUGGAACAGAAAUUGAAUACGAAUUUGAAGAAAUCACAUUGGAGAGGGGCAAUUCUGGGCUGGGAUUCAGUAUUGCUGGAGGCACAGAUAAUCCCCACAUUGGAGAUGAUCCUGGCAUAUUCAUUACGAAGAUUAUACCAGGAGGAGCUGCAGCAGAGGAUGGCAGACUCAGGGUCAAUGACUGUAUCUUGCGGGUGAAUGAGGUGGAUGUCUCAGAAGUCUCCCAUAGUAAAGCAGUGGAGGCACUAAAGGAGGCGGGUUCGAUAGUCCGACUGUAUGUCCGUCGAAGGCGGCCUAUUUUGGAGACAGUUGUAGAAAUUAAACUUUUCAAAGGUCCUAAAGGUCUAGGCUUCAGUAUCGCAGGAGGUGUGGGCAAUCAACACAUCCCUGGAGACAACAGUAUUUAUGUUACUAAAAUUAUAGAUGGAGGCGCAGCACAGAAAGAUGGACGUUUGCAAGUAGGAGACAGACUACUAAUGGUAAAUAACUACAGUCUAGAAGAAGUCACACAUGAAGAAGCUGUAGCGAUAUUGAAGAACACUUCAGAUGUAGUUUAUCUAAAAGUUGGCAAACCAACCACCAUUUAUAUGACAGAUCCUUAUGGCCCACCUGAUAUUACUCACUCUUAUUCUCCACCAAUGGAAAAUCACAUUCUCUCUGGCAACAAUGGCACUUUAGAGUACAAAUCUUCCCUGCCGCCCAUCUCUCCUGGAAGGUACUCACCGAUUCCAAAGCACAUGCUUGUUGAGGACGACUACACCAGGCCUCCUGAACCCGUUUACAGCACUGUGAACAAACUAUGUGAGAAAUCUUCCUCUCCUCGGCACUACUCACCAGUUGAGUGUGACAAAAGCUUCCUCCUUACCUCUCCCUACCCCCACUACCACAUGGGCCUCCUCCCGGAUACAGAGAUCACCAGUCACUCUCAGCACAGCACUACGACUCGUCAGCCCUCAAUGACUCUGCAGCGAGCCAUCUCCCUGGAGGGUGAGCCUCGGAAAGUUGUCCUGCACAAAGGCUCCACAGGGCUGGGCUUUAACAUUGUGGGCGGAGAAGACGGAGAAGGUAUCUUCGUAUCCUUUAUUCUAGCUGGAGGACCGGCAGACCUGAGUGGGGAGCUCCAGAGAGGAGACCAGAUUCUUUCCGUGAAUGGCAUUGACCUUCGCGGUGCCUCCCAUGAGCAGGCUGCGGCAGCCCUAAAGGGGGCAGGGCAGACGGUGACGAUCAUAGCACAAUACCAACCUGAAGAUUACGCUAGAUUCGAGGCAAAAAUCCAUGACCUACGCGAGCAGAUGAUGAACCACAGCAUGAGUUCUGGGUCCGGCUCCCUGAGAACCAAUCAGAAACGUUCACUCUAUGUCAGAGCCAUGUUUGACUAUGACAAGAGCAAAGACAGUGGACUCCCAAGUCAAGGACUGAGCUUCAAAUAUGGUGACAUUCUCCAUGUUAUCAAUGCUUCUGAUGAUGAGUGGUGGCAAGCCCGAAGGGUGACUCUAGAGGGAGACAGUGAGGAGAUGGGUGUCAUCCCCAGCAAAAGGAGAGUGGAAAGAAAGGAACGUGCUCGAUUGAAGACGGUGAAGUUUAAUGCGAAGCCUGGUGUGAUUGAUGCCAAAGGGUCAUUCAAUGACAAGCGUAAAAAGAGCUUCAUCUUUUCACGAAAAUUCCCAUUCUACAAGAGCAAGGAGCAGAGUGAGCAGGAAACCAGUGAUCCAGAACGAGGACAAGAGGACCUCAUUCUUUCUUAUGAGCCUGUCACAAGGCAGGAAAUUAAUUAUACUAGGCCAGUUAUUAUUCUGGGUCCUAUGAAGGACCGGAUCAAUGAUGACUUGAUAUCAGAAUUUCCUGACAAAUUUGGAUCCUGUGUACCUCAUACCACAAGGCCAAAGCGUGACUAUGAGGUGGAUGGUAGAGACUAUCAUUUUGUCAUUUCAAGAGAGCAAAUGGAAAAAGAUAUCCAAGAGCAUAAGUUUAUAGAAGCCGGGCAGUACAAUGAUAAUUUAUAUGGAACCAGCGUUCAAUCUGUGCGAUUCGUUGCAGAGAGGGGCAAACACUGCAUACUUGAUGUAUCAGGAAAUGCUAUCAAGCGGUUACAAGUUGCACAACUCUAUCCCAUCGCCAUCUUCAUUAAGCCGAAGUCAUUGGAGCCAUUGAUGGAGAUGAAUAAGCGUCUCACGGAGGAACAAGCCAAGAAAACCUAUGACCGAGCUAUCAAGUUAGAGCAAGAAUUUGGAGAGUAUUUUACAGCUAUUGUUCAAGGCGAAACUUUAGAAGAUAUAUAUAACCAAUGCAAACUUGUUAUCGAAGAACAAUCCGGCCCUUUCAUCUGGAUCCCUUCCAAGGAGAAGUUAUAAAUUAGCUGCUGCACCUCUGAUGAUGACAGAAGAGUAUUUAGAAGAAAAAAAAUAUAUAAUAUACUACGUGGAGGCUUUUAUGUUUUUGUUGCAUUUAUGUUCUUGCAGUCAAUGUGAAUUUUUAUGAAUGUACAACACAACGUGUGUGAAGCCAUGAAGGAAACUGAGGGGCCAAAAGGUAGAAACACAAGGACUUUUGCAGUAUGUGGGAAAGACGUCAUGUGCUCAAAGUGCCAGGUGUAGGUAUGGAUUUCUGAUGGGGCUCUCUGUCCAGAGGUUCGAGCCGUCUCCUCGACUCAAUGGGCACCCCAACCUGUUGUAAUGGCUGAGUUCUGUGUGUUGAUUGCUUUAAAGAAAAGUUCCCAGCUCUUGAACCUCACCAAGCUUGUCAUUACACAUCUGUGAUUGGUACACAUGGAAUUUUGUAACUAUGCACAUCCUUUGAUUUCUUAGCAAAAAGAGACGAUUAAAAAAAAAAUCAGAAAGAAAGGAAAUGGUUCCCUUCAAAGACACCAUUGCAUCGGAAAGUGGUGACCAUGUAGUUGUUUUGAGUGGUACCUGCAAAGGAAAGCAUUCCAUGAAAUUGUCGAGUGUCUGGAGCAUUUACCUUAUUGAUGAUGGGGGGGGGGGUUCCAUCUGGGAAUAGCUUUAUGAUUUUUGAUUGUCUAUUUUACCAUUUAUAUACUGAAAGAAGGCACUUAAAGAUGGAAUAAUUUAUAAAAUAAAAUUAUAUUAAAUGUAUAGAAACUAAUUUAUAUAGGUGAAAAAAUGUUUUUGUGAGAUAUUUUGUAAAGACUUAACUAAUGGAAAGGCAAAGUAUAUUACGCCCUCAGCAGACUGUCAGAUUUAGAGAACUUAAAAGUUGCACUAUCCUUUUGGUUGUUGAUGAUUUUUCAGCAACAACUUAAUUUCUUUAAAAGAAGUCAGACACCCCCCCCAAGUUUCCUCCCAUGACAGACAGAUGUGAUGUUAUGGAAGAAGCCCUGAAUUUGGAAUCAAGACAGACACCUGAAUUCAAAUCCCAGCUCUGUUGCUUAUUAAUUACCUGUGU